UCAUCACCAGCUUUUCCAUCUCCACCACCAUCGUCAGGAUCUUCAUCGUCUUCACCCUCCUCCUCAUCAUCACCAGCUAUUCCAUCUCCAUCACCAUCGGCAGGAUCUUCGUCGAUGUCAAACUUUUCGUGGAUGAUUGCGCGAUCUGUGAGGAUAUGGCCUUUCCGUGCGUUGAGCCCGUCAGCGGCUUGGAAUUUGCAUGGAUUUCACCGAAAUAGGAUCCCGAUCUCGCUCUCGGCCGCUACCGGAGCUGCUCCUGUGUCAGUGAGGCACUCUGUCCCGCAUUCGGGAUUCGAAUGGAGAUGCUGUUGUCUUCGCCGCGACGAAGACACGAAGAGAAAGCGCCAAGAAGGCAGUUUCGUCGCGGCCCACAGCAGCUUGCCACGUGUCCGAGCGGUCGCUACCAACGCAGCCGUGGCCGUUGCGGGUGAUGUAGCCCCGAAGGCGGCCUCCACGUGUCGGCCCCUGGGGAACUCCUUAAGUUUCUGUAUAGUCGGGAGCGGUCCUGCGGGCUUCUACACGGCAGAGCGGCUGCUGAAAAGUUACCCGCAUGCCACGGUCGACAUUGUUGAGAAGCUCCCCUCUCCAUUCGGCCUCGUCAGGUCAGGUGUUGCUCCAGAUCACCCUGAGACCAAGGCUGUGAUUAAUCAGUUCUCAAGGUUGGCGAGUGUUGAGCGCUGCAAGUUUUGGGGAAAUGUACAAGUUGGACGUGAUGUGUCUGUGGCAGAGUUGCGGCAAUAUUAUAAUGCCGUUGUGUUUGCCUACGGUGCCGAGGGCGACAAGACACUUGGAAUCCCCGGAGAGGAUUACAAGGGAGUGGUCUCCGCACGCGAGUUUGUAUGGUGGUACAAUGGUCAUCCGGAGUAUGCAGGCUUACCGAUUGAUUUGACGGGCACAGACACUGCAGUUGUCCUUGGACAGGGAAAUGUGGCCCUUGAUUGUGCAAGGGUGCUCUUGCGCGAUGUUGAUGAGCUUGCCAAGACUGACAUCGCUGAGCAUGCACUGGAAGCGUUGAGAGAGAGCAGGAUACGCACAGUGUUAUUGGUGGGGAGGCGAGGACCAGCUCAGGCAGCGUGCACAGCCAAAGAGCUGCGUGAAGUACUAGGACUCAGAAGCAUACGGGUACUUGUGAAGCUCAGUGACACGAGUCUUACUGAAGUGGACCAGGAGGAGCUCAAGAACAGUCGCAGCCGUAGGCGAGUGCAUGAGCUGUUUGUGAAGGCAGGCAAUGAGAGUGGAAAUGCUGCCGAUACAGAUCGUCAGAUCAACUUCACUUUCUUCAGGGCCCCCAAGGAAAUUCUUGGGAAGCAAAUUGAAGGUGGGCACUGUGCUGAUGGCCUCCGGUUGGAGCGGACCAUGUUGCAAGGAGGAGGUGGAGGGAAACCGCAAAGAGCUGUUGGAACCGGUGAGAUGGAGGAUCUCCCAUGUGGGCUGGUGUUGAGGAGCAUUGGUUAUAAGUCCCUGCCACUUCCUGGGCUUCCAUUUGACAAUGCUAGAGGUAUUGUGCCGAAUAAGGAAGGUAGAAUAAUUGGCGAGGGCGAGGAAGGAUCGGACAAGUAUGAGAGAGGGAUGUACGUUGUUGGUUGGGUGAAGAGAGGACCUACUGGCAUAAUUGGCACCAACCUUGUGUGUGCUGAUCAAACGGUUGCCUCGAUCGCGGAAGACGAGAAGCAAGGGCUCCUUCCCAGUACUGAAUCCAAUAAAGGCACAAUUGGCUUGAUGCAGUUGCUGUCGCAUCGCCAGACUCAAGUGGUUGACUUCGAGGGUUGGAACAAAAUUGCCCGUGAGGAAGUGAGAAGGGGUGCUCUGAAGGGGAAGCCAAGGGAGAAAAUUUUGUCGAUCGAGGAGAUGCUGAAGCUGUCUCGAGCGGACUGAGUGCGGUGAGCAGAGUCCUUUGGUGCCCACUCCAUCCAUUUUAGUGGAGGAUGGAAAUUCAUUCAGUGGACUACAUUGUGUUGUGGCGAUACGCUUGCUAUUGCGAUGACAUUUGACGUUGCUGGAUGGAUGAGUAGCUGUGAGUAAAAGUCAUACAAGCAG